CAUGGCCGACAACGUGAGGAAGGAACAUGUGGAAAAGAAAUCAAAGACACUUUUUGUGCGAAAUUUACCUUUUUCAACGACAAAUGAUAAACUUGAAUCAUUGUUUAGUGAAGUGGGUCCAACCAGAUCAUGUUUUGUUGUAAAAGAGAAAGACUCUCAGAAAUGUAAAGGCUAUGGUUAUGUUACAUAUUCAAUGUUUGAAGAUGCAGAGGCGGCAGUGUCGAGAAUCAUGUCUCUUGAUGGAAGGAGACUGUUUGUGUCAUACGCUAACAAAAAGAAAAAGGAGAAGAGAAAACCUAGAGCUAAGACUGAAGAAAAUCAGGAAAAAGAGUCAGAUAAAGAUAGUGAUGAUGAGGAAACAGUUCAGAAACCUCAAUUUGAAGACACUGAUAUGCAGAAGACCCAUGAUCAACAUCAAAGUUGGCAGGAAUUGAAGUAUCUUCGAGCCAAAACACUAGUCAUCCAGGGCUGGUCCCAGGAGCAUGCACAGACUGACGUGGAAGAUAUUUUGGCCAAACUGAAUGUGAAGAAUAUAGCCAAAGUGAAGUUUUCGGUCCCUGACCGAGAUCCUCCCUGUGCAUUUGUGAGAUUUAAGUCAAUCAGGGACACAAACAGAGCACUGAGAAAAAUAGAUGGAAAAGAAGGCAAAGGAUGUACACUGAAGGCCUGCCAGCUAAGUAAAGAAACAACUCCUAGCAUUCCCAGUAAACCACAGAAAACAGUCAAGAAAGCCAGGUUAAUUAUCAGGAACCUAUCAUUUAAGUGCUCAGAAGAGAAGCUACGGGAAACAUUUGAAAAGUUUGGUGAAGUAACUGAAGUGCAAAUUCCCAAAUUAAAGAAUGGAAAGCACCAAGGCUUUGGAAUUGUACAGUUUGAUAAAACAGAAGAUGCUUCAAAGGCUCUGAAAGAAAUGAAUGCCAAACCUAUUUUAAAUCGCCCAGUAGCAGUAGAUUGGACCAUUCCAAAGGAUAAGUUUGAAGCUAAAAUGAAUAAUUUGCCAGAAAAAGAGAAUCCAAACAAACAGGAAGUUAACAAGGACAGGGAAGAUAAGCAGAGAAGUAAAGGCCUCACAAUAGGAAGUAACAACAGGAAGGAAACAGUGGAGAAGGAUGAAGAGAGCAGUGAAGACUCAGGUGAAGACAAUGAAAUUGAAAAUACAGGUGACAGCGAAGAAGAGACAGGGGAGAGUGACCAAGAGGAAGAAAGUGAAGAAGAGAACGAAGACAAAUAUGAAGAAGAUUCAGAUGAUGAAGUGGAUUCAGAUGAAGAUGUGAAUGAUUCUGAUGAUGAUGAUGAUGAGAGUGAAACUUCAGAGGAUGAUGAUGAUACACCUGUAAAGAAAAAAGGAAAAGUCAACAGAAAGAGUGAUGUCGGAGAAGGCAGGACUUUGUUUAUACGAAAUGUUCCAUUUGAGGCAGAUGAAGAUAGUUUAGAGGAUGUGUUUUCAGAGUAUGGGAAAAUUAACUAUGUAAAGAUUGUGAUGAACCAUCAAACGGGCCAACCAAAAGGAACAGCUUUUGUACAGUUCAAAACUAAAGGAGAUGCUGAGAGAUUCAGAGAGGCAGCAGAAGAUGAAGAGGAGGGAAUCAUUGUUGAUGGUCGGAGGCUAAAUGUGAUAGUGGCUGUAGAGAGGGAAAAGGCACAAGAUUUAUCAGGUCAAAAGUCAAAGGUGAAAGAGGACAAGAGAAAUCUACAUCUUGUUAGAGAAGGGAUGAUUCGCCCAGGGACACAGGCAGCUAUAGGACUCUCCAAGGAGGAUCUUUUAAAAAGGACAAAAUUGGAGAAUGUCAAGCGUGCUAAGUUGAAGAAUCCCAACAUCUUUGUAUCGACCACCCGACUGAGCAUUCACAAUAUCCCGACACAAGUGUCUGAGAAACAGCUGAAAAAUGUUUUCCUGAGGGCAGCAGAUAGCAAGGCAGCAGUUAUUACUGAGUGUCGUAUCAUGCGAGAUUUAGAAAGAAUGAACAGCAAGAAGAUAGGAAAGUCACGAGGCUAUGCCUUUGUAAACUUCACCUGUCAUCAGCAUGCUCUUAAUGCCCUGAGAAACACCAAUAACAAUGCUGAUUUGUUCGGUGAGAAUAAGAGGUUGAUUGUAGAAUUUUCACUGGAAAAUAAAGCAGCUCUACAGGCCAAAGAGAAACGAAUGGAAAGACAAAAGGGACGCCUGGAAGCUCUUAAAAAGGCAAAAUCAAAAGAUUCCUUGAAUGAGACCACAGAAGAAAAGAAAUCAAAAAAGAAUCAGAAAGUCCAGACCCCGAAAAUGGUGGACAAGUUCAUAGGGAGUCUCCCAGCUGCAGAGGAUGGUAAAAAGUUACCUAAAGGCCUUCCCUCCCAUUGGGGAGCUAAAGUCAGGCACAAACCUCGGCCAGUCGUGACAACAACUAAUAAAAAGUCAAAAAAGAAUGUACUCAAAAGGAAACCUGAGGAGGCAAAUGUAUUUAGUGAAAAGGUCAAAACUGUGAAACCUAAGAAAAGGAAAACAGAUGGUGUUGAUGACUUUGAUAUGUUGGUGAAUAAAUACAAGAAAAACUUGUUAGGCAAAUCCCAGAAAUCAAAAUGGUUUGAUCGGUGAUGGCAAAAAAAGGACUUAAUGUGAAAAAAGGAUGAAUUGAUUGU